AUGUCUUUUCCAGGUGGCCUGUAUGCUCUCAGAGCCUCUCCUGCUUCCGGAAUCGGUGGUUUGUAUGCCACUGGAAACGGCGUUGACGACAUUGUGACCGUCGCGCCACAGUCGCCACCACUCAUUGAGCGUCAGGUCUGGAAGAUCGAACCCGUCCAUGGCAAGAAAGGCGCAUACACCAUCACUAUCCACACUUUUGGAGGACAUUGGUUCCCAAAGGACGGAGAACCGAUUCCUGAGCGCCCCGUCUUUACUUCGGAAAAGUCUUACGAAUGGUACAUUGCGUAUAAGGAAAUUCCGGGCGUUCCUCACACCAUCACCAUUCAAGCACAUACGAAGCUUAUCGGCGUGGGGUUGUACGCUGGAACUAAUGAUAAAGAACAAGUUGUCAUCAUACCCGUUCCCGUCAUUCCAGAUGCAGAGGCACCUUACUGGCAAUUCAAGCCCCACCUUCCGUUUGUCGAACUUUGUGGCAAUUUCCCUAUUAGUAGUUCACACUCUUCCCACUCCCCACUCUUUGCGCGACCAACCACUGGCACGCUCUGGUAA